GAGAAUAGCGCACGCCACUGACAAAAGGGAAAUUUUUGAGGAAUGGGGAAAGACAUUUCUCGUAAAUUGAUGUUUCGUGUGUCAAGGAGCUUGACAUUUUGAUAUUUGACAGCUGUUGAUGUGCCGGAUGUGCAUAAUUUAUUUAUGAGACUUUUCCUGUUAGUAAAUCGGAAAAACAGUGAAAGUAGUGAUUCAGGAUGGCGUAUCACUACAUCGUCACCGCUCACAAGCCUACGGCAGUCACAUCAUGUGUUACAGGGAACUUCACCUCACCAUCAGAUCUGAAUCUGAUUGUAGCGAAAAACACAAGAUUAGAAAUAUAUCUUGUCACUCCAGAAGGCCUAAGACCAAUUAAAGAAGUUGGUCUAUAUGGUAAAGUUGCUGUUAUGAAGCUGUUUAGACCUCAGCAAGAGAAAAAAGAUCUGCUGUUCUUGGUAACAAUGCGGUACAAUGCCAUGAUACUAGAAUGUGUCAGUGAUGGUGACAACAUAGACAUCAUCACAAAAGCCCAUGGAAAUGUAGCUGACAGAAUUGGAAAACCAUCUGAAACAGGGAUACUGGCAGUUAUUGAUCCAAAAGCAAGGGUCAUAGGCUUGAGACUCUAUGAUGGAUUGUUCAAGAUUAUUCCUUUGGAUAAAGAGAACUAUGAGCUUAAGGCGACCAAUUUCAGAAUGGAUGAACUUCAAGUCCAUGAUGUGGAAUUCUUACAUGGAUGUGCUAAUCCAACCUUAAUUCUGAUCCACCAAGAUGUCAAUGGCCGACACGUUAAAACCCAUGAGAUUUCUUUAAGAGAAAAGGAGUUUGUUAAAAUUCCAUGGAGGCAAGACAAUGUUGAAACAGAAGCAUCUAUAAUCAUCCCUGUUCCGUCACCUCUAGGAGGUGCUAUUAUUAUUGGACAAGAGAGCAUUUUGUAUCAUGAUGGACUCGUUUCAGUUGUCGUGGCUCCUCCUGUCAUCAAGCAAAGUACCAUCAUAUGUUAUGCAAAAGUAGAUCCAGGUGGCCUGAGAUAUUUACUUGGUGAUAUGGCUGGACAUUUGUUCAUGCUAUUUAUAGAAACUGAGGCCAGAGGUGAUGGAAAUGAUGUAGUGAAAGAUCUUAAAGUUGAACUUUUAGGUGAAAUUGCAACUCCAGAAUGUAUCACCUACCUAGACAAUGGUGUGCUGUUCAUCGGGUCUCGAAUUGGUGAUUCUCAGUUGGUGAAACUUAACACCAAAGCAGAUGAAAGCGGUUCUUAUGUGACUGUAAUGGAAUCUUUCACCAAUUUGGCUCCUAUUUUAGAUAUGUGUGUGGUAGAUCUAGAAAGACAGGGUCAAGGGCAACUCGUCACGUGUUCAGGGGCAUUUAAAGAAGGAUCUUUGAGAAUCAUAAGGAAUGGUAUUGGUAUUCAAGAGCAUGCUAGCAUUGAUUUGCCUGGCAUCAAAGGCAUGUGGGCCUUAAGAGCCGCAUACGGAAAUAAACUAGACAAUACACUAGUUCUGUCUUUUGUCGGCCAAACUAGAGUUUUGAGCCUAAAUGGUGAAGAAGUAGAAGAAACUGACGUCGGAGGAUUCGCUUCAGAUCAACAGACAUUUUAUUGUGGAAACGUCGCACACGAUCAAAUUAUACAGGUGACGUCAGUUUCCGCCAGACUUGUGUCAAUCCAAAAUAAAACCUUGGUAGCAGAAUGGAAGCCACCGAAUGACAAAUCCAUCAGUGUUGUGGCAUGUAAUACAAAUCAGCUUGUUCUGGCUACAGGAUGUGCAGUUUAUUAUCUGGAGAUACAACCUAACGAACUUAUUUUGAAAGGUAAUACCACGCUGGACGUAGAAGUGGCAUGUCUAGACAUCAGUCCUUUGGGGGAAGGCAACACAACCUCUGAAUUAGUAGCAGUAGGAUUGUGGACUGAAAUAUCUGCGAGAUUGUUGAGGCUGCCAGAUUUAUCUGAGGCUACAAAAGAAUUAUUAGGAGGAGAAAUAAUACCGAGAUCAGUUCUUAUGGCCUCUUUCGAGGGGCAUAACUAUCUACUGUGUGCCCUCGGUGAUGGUUCCAUGUUUUACUUCACCUUGAAUAAAGAAUCAGGAACGUUGAGUGAUAAAAAGAAGGUUACUUUAGGUACACAACCCACAGUAUUGAGAACCUUCAGAUCGCUGAGUACAACAAACGUCUUCGCAUGCUCUGAUAGACCGACAGUAAUCUAUUCAUCUAAUCACAAGCUGGUAUUUUCAAACGUGAACAUGAAAGAGGUGAACCACAUGUGCAGCUUGAACGCUGAAGCGUACCCCGACAGUCUCGCUCUCGCCACUGAUACGUCCGUGACGAUCGGUACUAUCGACGAAAUACAGAAGUUGCAUAUCAGGACGGUACCAUUGCAGGAGAGUGCUAGAAGAAUUGCAUAUCAAGAACAAUCACAGACUUUUGGCGUAGUGACGUCUCGAAUAGACAUCCAAGAUUCCACUGGCUUAAAUCCAGCUAGACAGAGUGCUUCCACCACUGCCCAAUCUGUCACAGUGUCAAGUAGUGUUGGAUCUUUGGCCGUGGGAAAGUCGGGAAGCGGUAGCGUAUUGGGUGGUAGUGCUGCUCCUGACUAUGGACAAGAGGUGGAAAUCCAUAACCUUCUAAUAAUUGAUCAAAAUACCUUCGAAGUAUUGCAUGCUCACCAAUUGAUGCAGCAAGAAUAUGCCAUGAGUUUAGUUUCCUGUACACUAGGCAAUGAUCCAAACGCCUAUUUCAUAGUUGGUACUGCGAACGUGAAUCCGGAAGAAUCUGAACCUAAACAAGGUAGAAUCCUCGUGUUCCAUUGGAAUGAAAACAAACUAACGCAAGUAUCAGAAAAAGAGAUCAAAGGUUCCUGUUAUUCGCUGUGCGAAUUUAAUGGAAAACUGUUAGCGAGUAUCAACAGUACGGUGCGACUAUUUGAAUGGACCAAUGAGAAAGAGCUGCGGUUGGAAUGUUCACAUUUCAAUAAUAUAAUUAGUCUGUUCUUGAAAACUAAAGGGGAUUUCAUACUUAUUGGAGAUUUGAUGAGGAGCAUGACUCUGUUACAGUAUAAAACAAUGGAAGGCAGCUUCGAAGAGAUAGCCAGAGACUACAAUCCCAACUGGAUGACUGCCAUUGAAAUUCUGGACGACGAUGUAUUUUUGGGGGCUGAAAAUAGCUUCAAUAUCUUCGUUUGUCAAAAAGACAGUGCCGCUGCUACAGAUGAAGAAAGAUCCCAAAUGCACGAGGUGGGGCAGUUCCAUGUUGGUGAUAUGAUGAACGUCUUCAGACAUGGAUCCUUGGUUAUGCAGAAUGUUGGUGAAAGUUCAACUCCCACAAGAGGUUGCGUACUAUUUGGUACUGUCGGAGGUGCUAUAGGCUUAGUCACGCAAAUCCCUCAAGACUUUUACGAAUUCUUGAUGGACCUACAAAAUAAAUUGGCCACAGUAAUAAAAUCGGUUGGAAAAAUUGAGCAUUCGUACUGGAGAGCCUUCCAUACUGACAUCAAGACUGAAAACGCGGAAGGCUUUAUAGAUGGAGAUCUUAUAGAAAGCUUCUUGGAUCUGUCUCCUGAUAAAAUGAAAGAAGUUUCUGAUGGUUUAGGGCAAACUGUCACUGUAGAGUAUUUGGUCAAAAUGAUCGAGGAUCUUACGAGGAUACACUGAAAAAUAUGAUUCAUUAGAAUAGUUUUUAGUUUUUAAAAAUAUAGUUGUACACUUGUUAAGGUACAAUCGCUAUUUGAAAACUGACGAUAGUGACAGUUUUAUAAAAAUAGACGAGCAGUUUUCCUUGUCUUUUUUACAAUUAUAAUAAUAAUUUCUCACCAUUAAUGUUUGUUUUUAGCAAACUGUCACUGUAGAGUAUUUGGUCAAAAUGAUCGAGGAUCUUACGAGGAUACACUGAAAAAUAUGAUUCAUUAGAAUAGUUUUUAGUUUGUAAAAAUAUAGUUGUACACUUGUUAUACUUAAGUUGCGUUGUGAACUGUAACUGAAUUAAAGUUUUACAAAUCAGAUCGAAAAAAUAGAUUUGAUUUCACCCCAUA